CUCCCGGGAAAUGCCCAGCGGGCGCCGAGAAUCGGAGAAGGGAGCGAGCGGCUGAGAUUGAAGGCAGCAGACGGGAUCCGCGCUCGACCCCCGGGCAGAGGGAGGAGCGCAGUGCCCGGGGGUGGGAUAGUGGGAGACAUUACAGAGCACGGUGCAGAGUCCAGAUAACAGGAAAGACUUUUUAUUUCGAGGAGACACUGAGGAUUCUCCUCUGACCAGUCUUUCUGCCAAAAUACGAGAAAUUGUCACCAGAAACCUGAAGGAGGAGGAGAAAUCAGCAUUGUCCCUGGAGAUGACAUCUGUGCUGCCACUUCAAGAAGAGAAUCGCAUCUUGCAACAGGAGUUAUCCCGGGUGGAGGACCUCCUGGCUCAGAGCCGAGCUGAGCGAGAUGAACUGGCGAUUAAAUACAAUGCCAUCAGUGAGCGGCUGGAGCAGGCCUUGAAGCUUGAGACAGGGGAGAGGGAGCGCGAAAAUCUGGAAAAUAAGAGCCUGGCGCAGCAGAACAUUGAGCUAAGGCGCCGCCUGGAAGAGGAACAGGCUUCAUAUAAACGCAAGCUUCAGGCCUACCAGGAGGGUCAGCAGCGGCAGGCCCAACUGGUCCAGAAACUUCAAUCCAAGGUCCUUCAGUACAAGAAGAAAUGUGGCGAGGUGGAGCAGCAACUGAUUGAGAAAGCCACAGAGCUGGAACAGCACCGACUCUCCAGCCAGCUGGACCUCACAGAGUCACGACUGCGACAGUCUGAAGAGGAACAGAGCAAUGAACUGGAAAACACCCUGAUCCGCUUGGAGGAAGAACAGCAGAGAAGUGCCAGCCUGACCCAAGUGAACUCCAUGCUCCGGGAACAGCUGGACCAGGCAAAUUCUGCCAACCUUGCCCUGAGUGAGGACAUUCGCAAACUGACUGUCGACUGGACGAAGGCACGGGAGGAACUUGAGCAGAAGGAGGUGGAAUGGAGACAGGAAGAGGAGUCCUUUAACACCUAUUUCAGCAACGAACACAAUCGCCUGCUGACUCUCUGGAGACAGGUCGUGGGCUUCAGACGUCACUUCUGUGAGAUAAAGUCAGCCAGUGAGCGGGAUCUCUCCGAGCUGCGGAAUGAUCUGGCAAAAUCCUCGCGCACGAUCCACGCGUCAUGUCUGAACCUGAGCGGAUACCUGCGGAUUUCAGAAAGCAGCUCCACGGUGACUCUGGAGAAACAGUCGAUCCAGCUCGCUCAACUUGAGGAACAGCUCCGGGACAAGGUGCGGGAAAUGAUCCAGCUCCAAGCCAAGUACGACCGGGAGAAGGCCGAGCAGAAUGCCAGGAUCACAGAACUGAUGGUGACUGUUGAACGACUGACAGCCCAGAAUAACGAGAAGGAAAAGACGAUCAACAGCCUGAACCAGACAGUGGAGAACCUGGAGUCAGGCCGAGCUGAGACCCAGGAUGUUCAGGAUGGAGCAGAGAUUGAGUCGGUGAAAGCAGAGCUGGAGUCGCUGCAUCAAAUCCUCAGAGACAUCACACAGGUGAUCAUUUCUGACUCGGAAUGUGGGGCUGUGUUCCCAGCCACCGAGGGGACUGGUGAGGUCACGGAAAUGGAGUCCUCCCUGUUCAGUCCCUUGGGGCUCACGUCCAGCCUGCGCACUCCGUCUCCACGGCGACGGACCUCUCCCCGCCGCAGCCAUUCGCCACGAUACAACCUCUCACCAGGAUUCUCGGACUCCAUGUACUCGGCUGUUCAAACUGCUGUGCAGAAGAGACAACUCCUGAUCCAGGAGCUCCGUGGAAGGUACGAGGUGUGUCAGGAGUCAGUGGCUGCCCUGAAGAAGCAGUUGGGUGACAGUGAGAAUGAGCGUCGGGCCCUGGACCAGCAGAUACUGAAGCUCAAGGAGGAGACUGAGGACUCAGUGCGAGCCAAGGAUGAUGCCAAGCGUGACGCCAACCGUUUUCGCUCCUCUGCCGACCUUCUUGGAAGCGAGAAGUCAAACUUGGAGAAGUCCAUUCAGUCCCUGCAGCUGCAGAUCGAGACGGUGCGGCAGGAGAACGAGAAACUGCAGCUGGCCAACGGAGAACUUCAGCGGCAGCGGGACAACCUGGAGGACGAGAAGGAGGACAUUUUGAAGGACAAGGCGAGGGCGCAGAAGGAGAUCGAACGUGGCCACAAGAUGAUUGAACAGAUGGAAGUCAAGAAUUCGAGUAUGAGAAAGGAGUUGGUGCUGGUAAAGGAGGCCUUGAGCAAGGCAGCACUGGAUAAGGAAGUGCUGGAGAGUGAGAAGGCAGGAACUGAAGAAGCUUUAAGCAAGGUGGAGGCUGCAAAUGCUGAGAUGGAGCUCAUCCUGAACAAGCUGAGGACAGAGCAGGCUUCCCUCCGGGAUUCUCUGACCAAGAUGAGCGCCUUCAACGAGGGUCUGGCCCAGGACAAAGUGCAGCUGAACAAGAUCAUCCUGGAGCUGGAAGAUGAGAAGGCCACUCUGCUGGGACAGAAGAAAGAAGUUGAACAGGAAAAGGCCUCGAUCCGCGAUGAGUUAGUGCGACUGGAACAAGAGAAGCUGGACCUGCACACUGAACGUCAUGGCCUCGACCACUCCCUGCAAAUCGUGGAGCAGAGCCGGGAGAGGCUGGAGCAUGACCUGCUGACAUACCAGCGGGACAAGGGGGAGCUGCAGGGUCAGCUUGGACAGGUGACCCGGCAGAAGAACAGCUUGGCAGAGGAACUGCAAGAGGCUCGCUGUGAGAUUGAACGCAACACCGAGUCGUUGUUCCGAGCUGCCAAAGAAAAGGAAGAAGUGACCAGGGACAAGGCGAAUCUGGUGGUUCAGCUCACAGCUUCCGAGCGUGAGAAUAGGGCACUGGCAGAUGAAGGGGCUGCUCUCAGGUCUGAGAAGGAGGCUCUGGAGACCACCUUGUUUGAGACUCAGCAGCAGCUGGCAAUCCUGGAGGCACGGAAAGAGCAACUUCAUGGCGAGAAUCAGACUUUGCUAGUGGCUAAGGAGGCUCUGCAAGUUGAGAGUAACCGUGUACGGAAAGACAUGGAGAUGGAGAGGACCAAGGCAGAGCGAGACAAGGAGCUCCUCACCCAGAAACUCUCCCAAACCGAGCACGAAGCACAGGCCACUCUGAGAAAGGAACAGACGGCCCAUGAGGAGGAUGUGGAUCGACUGCAGCAAGAGAAGGAAGCCUUGCGUCUGAGGCUGGAAGAGGAGCGGGAGGAGAUUAUCAAUCAGCUGAAGCAGGAGCGAGAGGAGCUCUCUGUUCGCUUUGAAGUUGAGAAGGAAGAGUUAAAUGAAGAGAUCACGGCCCUGCAGCAGGAGCGCGAUGAGACAUUGCUGCUGGCUGAGAACGAGAAACAGCAGAUCCUGUCCUUGAAGGAGUCAGAGAAGGCGAUUCUCUCCGAGAAGCUGACCAAUACUCAGCGUGAGCUCAACGCUGUUUCAAUGGACCUGGAGCAGCUGAGGCGGGAUACAAACAGCCGACAUGAACAAGACAGAAGCCAAAUUAAUAAUUUGACAUUGGAGUUGAAGAAUUUCCACACUCAAUUUGAAGAAGCUGUCACUGCCCACCAGCAAGAGAUGAAAACCCAGAAUGAACAAGCCAAGGACCUAAUGAAACAGCGUGAAGCUGCCCUCCGAGAGGUGGAGGAGCUGAAGACGCAGCUUCGAGUGGCCGAAGACGCCCGUGAUGGAAUCCGACGUGACCUGAUCGAAGCUCACCGGAAGAUCCGAGAGCAGCAGGAAACCCAGGAGGUGCAGCGCAAAGAGAUCACUGACCUGAAACGGUCUGUUGCUGAUGAAGUGAAGGAAAAGGAGGCCGUUCAGCAGUCCAACCAGGAGCUGCGAGGCAACAUUAAGAAAGCAGAGAGCGAAAGGAUCAGUUUGAAACGAGCUAAUGAGGAGAAGGAACAAAAGGUCUCUGUGCUGGAAGAGGCAAAAGUGAACAGCGAGAAGGAAUCGGCAGACCUUCGAGCAAGUCUCCGAGAAGUUGAGAAAUCCCGUCUGGAAGCGCGGCGAGAGCUUCAGGAGCUGCGCCGACAGGUGAAGAUGUUGGAUACUGAAAACACAAAGAAGAAUAAGGAGGUGCUAGAGCUUCAGGCUCGUGUGACCCUGGAUGAGCAGCGAGAGGAGGAGAGCAGGCGCGAGUCAUUUGAAUUGAAGCAGAAAAUAGUACAGACUGAAGCCAGCAGGGAAUCUGCUCGCAAAGAGGUGUCCAAUCUUCAGCGCAAAGUGGCCGAAGUUGAGCAAGAAUUCCGCAUCCGGGAAAAGGAGCUGUUGGGCAACCUGGAAGAGGCCCAGGGAAUUGGGAAGAAGCUCCAGGACAAUGCUCGCAACCUGGAGUUGAAGUUGCAGAAAGCUCACAGUGAGAUCCAUGAGCUCUGCCUGAAGCUGAGUGCGGCUGAGGGGCGGAUAACCGGGUUGGAGGCUGAGCUAGCGCGGGUGGAGGGAAUGAAACGGGACGUGGAGUUCAAGCUGGGGAGUCUGCAUUCGGCACUCCGCCGUACUCUGGGCAUCAGCCGAACUGGACGGACACAGAGUCCUGCAGUGAGGGGCCGCAGCAUCUCACCACAGAGACCACUGUCUCCAAUAAAAGGUUUUGACAGCACUUUUACUACGACAGUGGACAGUGGCCAUGGCAAUCCAAUUCCUCAGACUGGGACCCCUGAGCGCAACACCACAUCCCGCUCUGCAUCACCCGAACGUUCCAUCUCUCCGACCCGCAGUGAGCAACUUGUGGCCGACAUUGACCCGGAAGUGGUUCGGACAGCACUGCGAGAAUUCCUUCAGGAGCUGAGAGACACACAGAGGGACCGGGAUGAAGCACACAUUCAGGUUUCUAACUUGAAUAGACAUCUGAGGGAGAUGGAGUUUGAUCAGGACAAUGUCAACACUCGCUUACAGCAGCUGCAGAAAUCAUUGGACGAAUGCGAGGAAGGCAAGCGGGGCAUUGAUGGACGCCUGACCAGCGCUCAGUCUGCACUCGCGCUGCAGGAGGAGGCAAUCCGUCGGAAUGAACGAGAACGCAAAGCGCUGCUUGAAAAGAUUGCAACACUGGAGAGAACCAUCCAGUCUGCUGAUGGUGACCGGCGAAACACACAGGAAAAAUUGAGCAAAAUGAAGGCAAACGAGGCCAAGCUGGAGAGCGACAAGCGCAAACUGAAGGAAUUCCUCGACGCCUCCGAGAGUCGGGCCACCAAGCUGGAGCUGACUCGCCGGUCGCUGGAGGGAGAGCUGCAGAGGAUGAAGUUGGUGGCCAGUGAUCGGGAGACAGAGGUCCAGGCUCUUCAAGAUCGCAUAGACACCCUGCAAAGGCAGGUGGCGGACAGCCAGGCCAAGGCCAACAGCCUGCAGCUGACUGUGGAUCGGCUGAAUGCCUCGCUCACCAAAUCCGAGGAAGGGGAAAGCCACCUGAAAGACAAAGUGCAGAGCCUGUCGCUGCUGCUGUCUGACAGGGCAGUGGGUACAUCCGUGCUCCAGGACAAGGUGGCGCAGCUGCAGAAAGCACUAAGUAGCAGUGAGCAUGACCGACGUAUCCUGCAGGAACGUCUGGAGGCAGCACGUCAAGCUCUUAGUGAGACAAAGAAACAGAACAGCCUCCUGUCGGACAGGGUCCAGGCCCUUCAGACCGAGCAGCACGAUGGGGAGCAACAGCGGGUGGAGCUGGAAUGUCAGCUCCAAAAACAUCAGGAGAUGCUGCACCAGCGUCAGGAAGGAGACGAGAUCACACUGCGGAGUGUUCAGAAACUUCAGGAGGAGAAACAUCUUCUCCAGGAGCGGCUGAGUAUCCUGCAGCGCGCUGUCGCUCAGCUGGAGAACGAGAAGCGUGAGCUGGAGAGGUCGUCAGUCCGUCUGGAGAAGGAUAAAAGUGCCCUGAAAAAGACACUGGACAAGGUGGAGCGUGAGAGACUGCGAACCGAGGAGGAUACGCUGCGCAUAUCUGCAGAGAAGGGGCGCCUGGAUCGUUCACUGACGACUGUGGAACAGGAGCUGGUGGAAGCUCAGAGACAGACCCAGCAACUGCAGGCCCAGCUUUCAGACAUGGAGCAGUCUCACUCUCAGAGUUUGAUUGAAGCUGCUGCCCGCCACCGUCAGGAGCUCCAGAAGGAGACCGAGCGACUGCGUGUGACUCAGUUACAGACCGAGAGGACGCUGGAGGCACGGGAACGUGCUCAUCGGCAGCGCGUGAAAGGACUGGAAGAACAGGUUUCGACCUUGAAGGACCAACUGCAACAGGAACUCCGGAGACGCCAACCUCAGUAUUCCCCCUCCGUUCUGUCUGGGAACUAAUUCCGUCGUUGGUACUUCGCAGCAUCCACGUGGCAGAAUAUCACUUUACAUUCCCUUGAUCAAUCACAGCACACACCACAUACUUCUACUGACAGUAGAGGCAUGGACCCUAUCCUUCACCCCAGUAACAUCUGGUCCAAAUCGACACCUCAACAGCUGACUCCAUGUUCAGUGGACUCCCCAGCAGUGACCUUGACAUUGCUACAGGGCUGGCUUCUUCACUUGUUAACAUUGCUUUCCUAUCCCACAUGCAAGUUGCCAUCACUUUCCUUAUGAAGCCCACUCUGACUGGUCAUUAUGUUUGGUGAAGUGGUCAAAGUAGUUUGCCUUUUGACACUCCAUAGUCUGGGCCAGUCGAGUGAGAAUAGUUUAUUUUAGAACAUCUGGUCAGCAUGGACAAGUUGGACCGAAGGGUCUGUUUCUGUGCUGUAUGACUAUGACUCUAUUUGAAUUAAAUAUUUAGUGGCCUAGUUUUGUUCAGUGUCUGCUCUUCUUCCCAUUUUAAUAACAAAAUGGCAACACAUCUAUAAAACAAUUUUCAGGUUCAGGAGGAUGAAAGACGCUGAAAUGAGAUUUUUAACUCCUAAUCAUUCCUUCUCUGAGUGGUUGUCUAUAUGAGUCACAGAGCCUCAGAAUUAGCACACCCUGCUAUAAGUUAAAAUAAAAUCUAAACCCCUCCAUCCUUCUGAAUUAAGUUAGCUAGAAAUGACUCCCUUUUCCUUUGGGUCUUAUUGUGCUCUGUGGCUAUCAGCACUUUUACUUUUUUAUGUGAUUUGAGGGCACUGGUGCCUGGGCUUCCAGACUCACUCACCCUCAGCCUGGGUCCUGGGUUUUCACCAGUUCCCAGUUUCCCUGCUGUGGAGCCCUUCAGCAUCAACAGGAUCUUAGCACGAGGUUCGAGUUGCUGAUUUCCUGUUGUUUGCUAAUCAUCCAAAUCUAUAUUUUUAAUAUGGGACUUCCAUGUCUUUAUUUUGGGGUAGCAUCGAGGAGCGACAUUAUUAUUAAGGUUUUUAAAUCAUUUUCAACAGCUGUGAAGAAUGCAUCACGACUUGACCCCCUCACUCCCUGCUACUGAUUUGUGUGGAUUGGCAGCAGGAGCCAAUCUUAACAAACUCGACAGAUGGCAAGCUGGUGGAACUGGUAUUUUUGAUUUAACACAGCAGCUUAGUCGAGUCUGGCAGGACUCAGUGUUGGGUACUGAGUGGAGGGAGAGUGAGAGGCUUCAGAAAAUCAGCAUCAAUGAAAGCAAGGAAGAAAGAUUUGCAUUUUUGUAGCACCUUUUAUUACUCAGGUUAUCUCAAUAUGCUUUACAGCCAAUGUACCAUUGAAAUGUAAUCACCAUUAUAAUAUAGGAGAGGUGGCAACCCCAAUUUGUGUAUAGCAAGAUCCCGCAAACAGCAUGGUGACAAUAACCAGUCUGUAGUGAUGUUAGGUAAGAGAUGGAUGUUGGCCUGAAUUUGGGGAAAAUGCCUCUACACUUCAAAACAAUUGCCAUGGGAUGAAAGUGGUGACAAUUUGCAGCAAAAUGUUAAUUUUUGUCAAUGGCUAUUCAAUGUAUAUUGAGGGAUAUGGAGAGGAUGAUUUUAGAUUUUUUUUAAACAUUUCUCUCCUCCUAGUUUUAGUAUUUUAAUCCAAUGCUUCCAGUCCCUGGAAUAUGCACUGUUAGAUUCUCCAGUAGCAUCGACUAUUUUUGAGUGAUUUGUAUAAAUUGUGUUUGUAUUUUAGGUACGGAUUACUAUGGUGCUAGAUCAAAUGAAUGCUGGUAAAUCCCGCUCUAGAUUAGCAGGAGAGAAUAGUAUAUUCUGGAAUAAAAUAUUCUUUUUAAAGAACUUGAGAUUUUUAAAAAACAAUAACGGUAGAAUUUUGUUGAUAGGACAGAUUGUUGAUGUGAUUUCAGAGCUUCCCGGAAGCUGUCAGUGAUAAAUGCAGUAACGAAUCAUUCCGACUAACGUUCCCAAUUUUGAUCCUAAUCUCUGAUAAUACAACUUAAACCAAGUGAUAAUGUGAUAAACCAAUUAUGUCCUUGAGUUAAGGGGAGGCUGUUUCUCUGACUGACCUUUUGUAAUUUGCCCCAGUGACUCUACAUAUGACUGUUGGAGGAAGGAGAAGGACAUCAAAACUGAGCCUGGCCUAAAAGCCACACAAAUGCACAUGAGCCAAGGGAGCUGAUGGAUAAAGUCAGGAGCAGGGAUUCUGGCUGAUCUCUCUCGUCACUGCUUUAACUAAGAUCAGUCAAUUCAGCACCAAUCCAUGUUCAAAUCUGGGACCUUCAUAGAUGUUUUGUCGCUCUAUUGCAUACGGUGGUGGAUUACACACUGACAUCCAGGAUACAGUCUCUCUGUAUUCAGAGACACUGACAGUGCACAAAUGACCCACUAAGGUCCACCUGUAUUUGUGUGCUAUUAGUUCCUCUUUUUCUUUGUUGUAACUUAGGGUCCAUGUAACAAAUUGGGUUUGUGGGUAUGUUUAGUUUAAUAGAUUGCCUAUUCUUCAAAACACAUUAUUUUUCUAGAAUUAUCAAGGAUUUUUUGUAGCAGCUUCUCUUUGACCAUGUGACCAUAAAACAAAUGUAUUCUAAGGUAUUGAAAUAACAAAUAGUUGACAAGACCAAACUAGUUGUUGGGGGCAGCUAAUGUUCAUCUCCUUGCAAGCAUCUGGAUGUAUUUUUGCAAGUCAGUGUUUAGACCAUUUUCCAGAGUGAACCAUUAACCAAAACUGAAUGUUGGAGAUGUAUAUUAAUAUCAAUGUAUUGUGAAAUUAACGUUAAGCAUUGAAAUUCUAAAUGCACCAGCUCCAUUGUCUGACAUACCUUUGGUAUGGUAUAGACAGUGAAAUGUAGACACUUUAUCAGAGCAUUCUGGAUCUAAAUGUCUCUGUCCAGGUCCAUUCUACUUCUGUCUGGAUUAAUAGAUUUUCAUA